AUGCCAACUGAAAUUACGGUCCUGAGCUUUAACCUGUGGGGGAUAUUUAACUCCAAAUAUCGUGCCGCCCGUAUGGCGCGAUUUGCCGCGAAAGUUGCUCAUUAUGAUAUUAUUUUGCUUCAGGAACAGUUUUCGAAGGAGGACUUUGAGCUCAUUAUUUCCAAUCUGCCCAGUGAAGUGCGGGAGAAACGAUACUUCAAGCGAUUUCCAAGUGCUUUUUACGGUUCCGGUAUUGCCGUCAUCUCUCGUUUUCCCAUUAAAUCUGCAUUGUUUUUUACGUUUCCACUGCAAGGGUACCCUGAACGUGUACUUCACGGUGACUAUUACGCCAACAAGGGGGCAUCGCUGUUGCGCAUCCAUGUCCCAUGCACCACAAGGAGGGGUGUGAGCCCCGAUCCACCCUAUGAAGAUGUGUUAUUGUAUAAUACACAUCUCGUGGCAGCCUAUCAGAAAACCGCUCGUUUGUUAAAUUGGCGUGAUGAACUCUACUUGCCGGUUCGCUUGAGCCAAGCAAUUUCUCUUGCGGAAUUUAUCUCGUCAACAUCACAUCCCACCGAUCGUGUUAUUAUUGGAGGAGAUUUUAAUGCAACACAGCGCUCUCUGGAGUUGCAGGCAAUGCUCAUUUUAUUACGUAAACGCGGGUACAAGUUGGUUUCGGUGCUCCCACCAUCCAUUAUGUACCGUCCAGAGAUGUCUGAGCGUGAAAAAAGAAUCAACACUGCCACACUGACAUAUUCAGAUGCAAAUAUGUUUAACUCACCCAAAGAUGGUUGGUUUGUGGAAGGAGGUGAUGUGCCGUGUCAGAUUGAUCAUAUCUUCUUUACAUCGAAUACACUUCGUCUCUCUGCGUUUAACGACUGCCCGGAUGCGGCCGCAGACUACCCUUUUAAGAUGCCAAUCAAUGGUGAAGAAGGACCUGCGGGUGUGGUUGUCUUUACAGGGAACAAUGAGGUUCAAAUCCCACCAGAAGAAGGACUUGGGGUAAAGGCUUUGAAAUGGUUCUCCAGAUUGAGCUGUGCGUUUUGGUGCGGGCAACUUUUUGCCUUUUCGGAACGCCAAACAAAUGAAAAUUCGGCAAACACAUUGGAACCACGUUUCUGUCCCAUCUCUGAUCACUACGGCGUCACAGCAAGGUUUCAGUUGGGAGAAGAAGAAGAAGAAAAAGAAUUAGAAGUAGAUGGAUCUACGGCAGCUGGAAAAAAAUUAGCCCCAAAGAAGGGAUAUGUGGAAGUAGCAUUAACAAAAGCCGAGGUUGAAAUUUUAACGGAGGCUGCCGUCUUUCUUGAUGACUCGGUCAAUAAACUUUACCGUGAGAGUAGGAUUUGUAUGUGGUUGGCUGCUGCUAUGACGGCUGUUGUUUUGGGAAAUCUUAUUUACAUGGAGUAUCAAGCUCAACUGCGGGAAGAACACACAGGCCGUGUUUUGAAAGAGCUGUUUAAGUUUGCCAAACUUCGAGGAACCGCCAUGGGGCAGGAAGAAUUGUCGUUGGGCUUUGAUUCCACCUCAUGGAGGCAGUGGCUGCGGCGAGCAUUUUCCAUGAAUUCUGAUAAUUCACAAGCAACAACAGCAAUAAAAUACAAAACGGUCGCAUCGGCAGAUGUUGCUUUGGAUUACGCCGGUAUAGCAUCGAAGCUUCAUUCCAGGGGCCUGUGGGGCCUCGUAUCGCCUGUUAUCACCAUCUGUGGCAGCAUUCUCAGCGCCGCAUCCGUCACAGUGGCACUACUUCAGCGGAUCGCCAACGCGAAGGUCAUGGCGGAGCAAGUUAACAUGCUCAAACAAGCCUGCCAAGGAUGA